CCCGUUGCUGCGAGCGGCAACUACUCUUCGUUGUGGUGCGCGGCCUUCGCAUGGCGCAGGUUUCUCUUGCUGCUGAGCACAGGCUCUAGUCGGCGGACUUCAGUAGUGGUGCACGCAGGCUCUAGAGCGCAAGCUCAGUAGUUGCGGCACAACGGGCUUAAUUGCUCCAUAGCCUGUGGGAAUUUUCCCGGAGUAGGGUUCAAACCUGUGUCCCUGCAUUGGCAGGUAGAUGCUUGAUUACUGCGCCACCAGGGAAGGCUCCGUUUUGUCUUUUCAUACUCCAAGUUGAAGCCCUGCGCUUCACUAGCGUUUCAAUCAUUUCUGAAAUGAUCUCUUACCUUGUCUGGUGCAGGAAAUAUUACAUGAUGCUUUGGGGUAGGGAAACGGACUACGGCUGCCUGGACCCGGCCUCGCGGUUCAGUUAGGAUACGUUUCACUGGAAGUGUAAAAUGGUCAAGUUACUCUUCAGAUUUCCACAAGUUAAGUAUCUCCAGGCUUCAUUUUCGUAAAAGCGAAACCAACUGGCGCGGAAAGGGGAUUUUUUUUUUUUAACUCUUGCGGUUCUUUAAACUCCCAGAAACAGCAUUCCACUGGAUCUGACUCCGCGCGCACUGGUGACGCAGUUGUUGCGCCGGAAGUUCGAGCCGUGGGCUCCGGGACUCAGCUAUGGCUGCUGCGGCAGCACGCUGGAAUCAUGUGUGGGUCGGCACCGACACCGGCAUCCUGAAAGGCGUGAACCUUCAGCGCAAACACGCGGCGAACUUCACGCCGUCGGGACAGCCGCGGCGCGAGGAGGCGGUGAGCGCCCUGUGUUGGGGCGCGGGCGGCGAGACUCAGAUCCUGGUGGGUUGUGCGGAUGGGACAGUGAAGCACUUCAGCACCGAGGAGGGCAGGUUCCAGGGUCAGAGACACUGCCCCGGAGGGGAGGGCAUAUUCCGAGGCCUCGCCCAGGUCGACGGCACCCUCAUCACAUGUGUGGAUUCUGGGAUUCUUCGAGUCUGGCAUGACAAUGACAAGGAGGCAUCCUCUGACCCUCUCUUGGAACUGAGGGUGGGCCCUGGGGUGUGUAGGAUGCGCCAAGACCCAGCGCGCCCCCACGUGGUUGCCACAGGUGGGAAGGAGAACGCUCUGAAGGUGUGGGACCUGCAGGGCUCUGAGGAGCCUGUGUUCAGGUCCAAGAACGUACGGAAUGAUUGGCUCAACCUGCGCGUUCCCAUCUGGGACCAGGACAUACAGUUCCUCCCUGAGUCACAGAAGCUCGUCACCUGUACAGGGUACCACCAGGUCCGUGUCUAUGAUCCAGCCUCCCCCCAGCGCAGGCCGGUCCUCGAGGCCACCUAUGGAGAGUACCCACUGACAGCCAUGACCCUCACUCCUGGGGGCAAUUCGGUGAUUGUGGGCAACACUCAUGGGCAGCUGGCAGAAAUUGACCUUCGGCAGGGGCGCCUACUGGUCUGUCUGAAGGGGCUGGCGGGCAGCGUCCGGGGGUUGCAGUGCCACCCUUCAAAGCCCCUUCUAGCCUCCUGUGGCUUGGACAGAGUCUUGAGGGUACACAGGAUCCGGAAUCCACGGGGCCUGGACCAUAAGGUUUACCUCAAAUCUCAACUGAACUGCCUCCUGCUGUCAGGCAGGGAUAACUGGGAGGAUGAACCCCAAGAGCCUCAAGAGCCCAACAAGGUGCCCUCAGAAGACACAGAGACAGAUGAACUUUGGGCUUCCUUGGAGGCAGCUGCCAAGCGGAAACUCCCCGAUUUGGAGCGGUCCCAAGGCUCCCUCCAAACCAGACAGAGAAAGAAGAAGAGGCCUGGGUCCACCAACUCCUGAAGAGCUUGUACUCACGUUGUAAAUAAACAGCUUAAUACGUA